AUGAGUGCCAACUCAGAUCGAAGGUGGAGUCUUGCACGUGCUACGGAGUUUUUCAGUGGCGAUGGUAAACCCGAUAUGUUAGAUAUUCGUGGAAUGACUGCCGUGACAAAAGGUGCAGCUGGAAAGCGUGAUAAGUUUCGUAAAAGCGUCUCGCGCUGUGGUGUCUCUAUCUAUGGUCCCAAGCAUUCAGCAGCUGCUUCAGCAUCUUCUGGUGAUGCAUCAAGUCGCGAGAAAGUGUUUAUUGAAGAUCCACGUGCACCGUGUUUAAACAUUGAUUAUUCCAACGAUGCGUAUCGAUCUAUUGCCAUCCUCGGAAAAGUUUUCAGCUCAUACGGGCGUGUGUCAGAUCCUUGCGUAGGACUACUAGUAACGGAGAUUGAUACGGGUGGCGUGGGCACGAAUGAUGCGACACUGAGUCCAUCUGAAGUGAAUAGUCUUAUACAACGUGUUGUAUGUCAUGAUGAAGUAAUGGCGGAUGUGGAUAGUGGAAUGGACACGGACGAUGAGAAUGCUGAUGCAUCUGGUAAUGAUGAGUCCAAACCACGUUCAUCACUACAGAGACAAAGUACAAGUGCUAUUUGUUAUGUGUGCUAUGAUGAAUCAGAAGACGAGAAUCCACUUAUUGCACCAUGUAAAUGCUCGGGUGAUACCAAGUACAUUCAUUUGAAUUGUCUCAAGCGUUGGAAUACGAAUGGAGAAAAGAAUGAAAUUUGCACAGUACUGGAUGAAAGUAAUGCGCGGACGUGUUCGAUUUGCAAAGCCCCGUAUCCAAGCAAGACGCGACUACCUAAUGGCAAAGUACUGUCGUUGUUGCCAGAUCGCCUGAAUCCACCAUGCAUUAUGUUCCAGGUAGUGACGAAACACUCGUCCUCGACACUCAACUUGUCGACACGCUACCAGUUGAGCUACAAAAUGCUCAUGAACAAUGACAUUCAUCGCCCACUUAUGGUCGGACGCUCGUCACAGUGUGAUUUGGUGCUCAAGUACCGCACGGUAUCGACGAUUCAUGCCGAGAUCCACUACUCAAAAGGCGAGUUUCUUCUCAAGGAUGCUGGGAGCUCGAACGGCACGCUGAGAUACAUCUACCGUCCGCUGACGUUGCACAACAACCAAUCUUUGCACGUCAAGUUUGGACGAACCGUAUUAUCCAUCAAGCCAACGAAGAAGAUUCGUCUUCCGCAUUUUUUUGGCACAGCAGGCCACCUGCAUUCCAGCGGCUCACGACUUGAAGAUAGUGGUGCGCAAGAGGACGAGAUGUCCAACACGUCCACCCCACGUAACAAUAGAAUCCGAUACUACAACCAGGCGGCGCAGCAACAGGUACCAGUGAUGCCGACGCAACAGCAGCAAGCAGCACGCCAGAAUCUGCAGACGCAGAUGCAGAACUUAGACCUGUAA